AUGCAGAAUGAGGAGAACUCGCCUGGCUUUCGCCGCCGCAGGCUGAGCGACGGAAGCCGACGGGAUGAGGCGGGGAGAGAGGACUCGGGCCGGAAAAGGAAGAGGCGCAUUCUCUCAUGUGAUACGUGCCGCAGGCAGAAGUGCCGAUGCGAGCUUGACGAGGAGUCGGAUGUUUGUGCGCGGUGCCGCUCGCUGAGGUAUCGAAGUCUAGAGGCCUCGAUUGUUGAACUCAAGGCGACGGUGCAGGCGCUCGCCUCUGGGAGUCGGCCAGACUCGGGGCAGACUCUGGCGACUGGCCAUCAGGGACAGCAACAGCAACUGCGGACGCAGCCGAAUCAUACAUCUGUUGACAAGAACGGUAACGGAGACGUCGAUGCUGCCAAGGCAUCGAGUGACGAAGAUGUGGAGCCGGCGGAUCGGGACGUCUAUCUGUCCCCGGCGGAAGUCAUACGGAAAGUUGGGAGACAGCUGAGCGGGGGGCAUCGAAGGACAUUCGACGUUCAGGCUGAUGUCGUAUCGCAGGGCAUUUUGGAUGAAAAAACAGCCCGAGAUCUACUUGCCGAAUUUGUACGCCGACGAAGGCACACUCUUCUCAUCAACAGCGAGGUCGACCUCACCCCCAGAAACAUGGACCUCCGGCAUGCGUCACCCUUUCUGCACGACGUCUGCUGCCUGCACGCAAUGCGGUUCUCGGAGCACAGCUCGUCGGUGCUGCACCGCCGCAUUUUUGAACACGUUCGGCUGCAGAUGGGCCAGCUGAUGAUCGCGAGCCCGUUGCCCCUGGAGGAGUUGAUGGGGAUUCUGAUCAUGAGCCUGUGGGCUUCAGCGCCAUCGGGACCCGAAUAUAUCGAUAGUUGGUUGGUAAGCGGACACUGCGCACAGCAAGCGAUGUUGAGCAUCAAUUUCUCGGAAAUACUAUCGAGGACAAAGUCUGGGACGUCGACGGAGGGAGACCAGAGGGUUAUGAGGCUUUGGGCCAACACCUGCUUGGUAAAUCUGCACUGGGCGGCGACAACUGGCCGACCGGCGACUGUCCCGGCUGCAUAUCUCCGGCAGUGCAAACUCCUGCUCGACUUUGAGGAGGUGACGAUGAGGGACGCCAUGGUAUAUGCCGAAAUAAUGCUCUACCUGGUACUGCAGGACAAGUUCUCGCAGAGGCUAUACCUGGGCAGUGACGGCACAUGCGCGGAGCUUUCCGCGUGGAGGACCAGGUGGAACUCCUUGUUUGAACUUUCUGCCUCAUCGACGCUGAGAAUAAGCUACUCCAUCGCGUGGCUGAUCCUCGCCCGGCGCUCGCUCGAACACGACCAGGCCGCGCCAGACCAAGACUCCUUGUCGAGCUCGCCGAGACUUCACCCGGUUGACGCUGCGGCGAAGGAUGGGGCUCACGAUCAGCCAGGGUCCCAAGGACCCCCCGACAUGGCGCAAUCCCGCGUCAGCACCUUCGCGACGGAUGUCGUCCGGGCGUUCGUCGACAUGCCGGCCCCCCGCGCCGAGGAGUUGCCCGAGUUCCAUCGGCUGUGCGUGGCGUACGCGAUGCUGAUCAUCUCAAAGCACGAGCAGAAGCCGGCAGCGCUGGCGGCCGGGGGCUUGCCGUCCGAUGCGGACGACGAGGUGUUGGCGCUGCUCCGCGCCGCACAGAAGCACAAUGGCGUAGCGGGGAACAGCGCGCCGUCGGCGAUACAAUUUGGGCUCGAACGGGCUCUGAAGAAGGUCUCUUUACGAAUCGAGGCCCGCUCGUCAGCCGAUGGAGCCGCGCCAGGUCCCGCCGUUGCCGUGGAUCACCAUGGGGUGGGUGGACUACAACCACCGGGCAUGGUAACGGCUCCCACCUGGUCUCAGACGACACAGCAACCGCAACAGGACACGCCAGGUCAGCAGCACGGUCAAAUUCCCUCCUCUUUUACGGGAGACACACUGGCCCCUGAGUUUGACGGCGCUCUGUCGCUAGAGACAAUGGAUUUCUUUUUCAGCGGGGGACACCUCGGGCUCGGAGACCACUCAUUCUUUUGA